ACGGAAUACCCAUCACCAAAGGGGAGGCCGUACGAAUCCACUGGGCUAAUUGGUGGUUCCUAGUGCAGAAGGAAAUAAUGUCGCGCCAUUUGUGUAGCUACACAAUAACCAGAUUGCCAUUAUAGGGAAUAAUGUUGCACCACUGUUUUAGGGUAACCGCAGGUUAAGCUCCACACGCAUAGAGUACAACUUAGAGAGACUUUUGAGAGAGAAUAAAAUGAGAAAAACUCUAUUUUUUCCCCUGAUGUUUCACACACACAUAUCUUCAAAUGCAAUCCAACGCUACUUGUAAACUUACUACUAAUCUGAAGAACCAAAAUGAAAGCGAUUCUUGAUUGAUUUCUGGUUUCUUCGAUCAAAUCUUCAGUUUCCUGUGUGCAUGUUCAUGUCUCAGAUUAUUAUUCACCUCUCUGCAUCGUCAAUCACCAUCUUAUCUGAUAAAGACAACCCAGGAGCUAAGUGGUGACCAGCACCAUGUCUGAAUUGAUCGAUGGUCUCCCUCAUGCUGUUGCUCUUCAGUGUCUUGCGCGUGUGCCCUUUUAUAGUCAUCCGAAUAUGCAGCUUGUUUGCCGCUCAUGGAGGGCUGCAGUUCGUAGUUCUGAACUCUUCAAAACUCGUAAUGAACUCGGAGCAUCUGAGGAGCUCUUGUGCGUCUGCACAUAUGAUCCCGAGAAUUUAUGGCAACUCUAUGAUCCUCUCAAAGACAUGUGGAUCACAUUACCAAUUUUGCCGUCAGAGAUCAGGCACCUCGCAAAAUUUGGGGUAGUAUCUACUGGUGGAAAGCUGUUCGUUCUAGGUGGUGGGAGUGAUGCUGUUGAUCCAGGGACUGGUGACCAUUACGGGAUAUUUGCAACAGAUGAGGUUUGGUGUUAUGAUCCAAUACUCCGUCAAUGGACUCAGCGGGCGUCCAUGCUUGUACCUCGUGCAAUGUUUGCAUGUUGUGUAUUGGAUGGAAAGAUUGUUGUUGCAGGUGGUUUCACCAACUGUCGAAAAUCAAUAUCAAAAGCUGAAAUCUAUGAUCCAGAUAAGGAUGUCUGGAUUGCCAUACCAGAUCUCCACCUCACACAUAAUUCAGCUUGCUCGGGGAUGGUAAUUGGUGGAAAGGUACAUGUAUUGCACAAGGGGCUAUUGACAGUACAGGUUUUGGAGAGCUCGAUGCUCCAAUGGGCAGUUGUGGAUUACGGCUGGCUUCAGGGUCCAACUGCUUUCGUCCGAGGAGAGCCUUAUGUGUUAAGUCAUGGGAUAAUUUUUAAGCAGGAAAAGGAGCCAAGACCAAAAAGGGUUGUGGCUUCAGCAUCAGAAUUCCAAAGUCGAAUUGGUUUUGCAAUGAUUGGGAUUGGUGACGAACUUUACAUGAUUGGAGGUGUGAUUGGGCCCGGGCGGUGGAAUCUAGACAUCAAACCCUUAUCAGACGUGGAUGUUUUGACGGUUAUGAGUGACAGACCUAGUUGGAGACAAGUUGCACCAAUGACACAAUGCCAGGGCACUAUUCUUGGGUGUACAGUGCUGAAGAUAUAGGCCUUAUUGAGUGAAGGGUUUAGUUGUGAGAUUGGAUGUUGUACUUUGUAUGGUGUUUUUAGGUGAUAUCCCAAUGUGAAGUGAGAAGAAUUGAAGGCCCUUGAGUAGAAAAGAGUCCUCUGCUUUGAUUGAUAACCAUAUAACUCUGACCUUCUCUUUCAUUAUAUUCUGUAAGAGUUUUGAGAAGGAUUGUUUUCACAGGUUACUUUACUGAAACACAACACUUGAAAGUAUCACAUUAGUUUAUAUGAAUUAGUUACUAAUACUCUUUGUUU